AUGUCGUUCGCAAUGCACGAGAUUGUGUACUUUGGCCGUGCACUGCCCUGGAUCAUCAUUGACAGAAUGAAGUAUUUUAAUCGCUGGAAGAUUCAACAUAGCAAAAUUCCGACCGCUCGGGAGCAGUGGAAUUGUGCCAAGCUCGUUCUACUAAGUCACUUCACCGUCGAAUUACCUCAAAUCUGGCUUUUCCAUCCCUUUGCUCAAUACUGCGGACUCGCAACCGGCGUUCCAUUCCCAUCGAUCUGGAAAAUGAUGUACCAGAUCGCCAUUUUUUUCGUCCUCGAGGAUACUUGGCAUUAUUUUUCUCACCGCGCAUUCCACUGGGCCCCUCUCUACAAAUCUGUGCACAAGAUUCACCACCAGUACUCUGCUCCCUUCGGAUUAGCUGCUGAAUAUGCCUCACCAAUAGAGGUUAUGGCCCUCGGCUUCGGCACUGUUGGAUGCCCGAUUUUGUGGUGUGUUGUCACAGGCGAUCUCCAUAUUCUUACUAUGUAUCUCUGGAUUAUCUUCCGGCUAUUCCAGGCUAUCGACGCCCACAGUGGUUACGAAUUUCCCUGGAGUCUUCACCAUUUCCUUCCGUUCUGGGCCGGCGCUGAUCAUCACGACCUUCAUCAUGAAAAAUUUGUUGGCAACUACGCAAGCAGCUUUAGAUGGUGGGAUUAUUUGCUCGACACCGAAUACACCCCCGAAGCCGUCAAACGCCGGAGAGAGCAGAAAGCAAAGACUGCGAAGAGCCUGUGA